GGGGGAGGCGGUGACCGCGGAGGCCCCGGGUCUGGGCGCUGAGGCGGGUGCGGAAGGUGCCGCCCUUGAUGUGACGGGCCGGGCCCGGCCCAGGCAGUCGGUGCGCGGGGACAGCGAGGCCUCCGCGCCGUCAGCAGGAGUUCACAAUGACUAAUGAAGAACCUCUCCCAAAGAAGGUUCGCCUUAGUGAAACAGACUUUAAGGUUUUGGCUAGAGAUGAACUGAUCCUAAGGUGGAAGCAAUAUGAAGCGUAUGUACAGGCUCUGGAGGGCAAAUACACAGAUCUUAAUUCUAAUGAUGUAACUGGAUUGAGAGAAUCUGAAGAGAAGCUGAAGCAACAACAGCAAGAGUCUGCCCGAAGAGAGAAUAUCCUAGUGAUGAGGCUGGCAACUAAGGAACAGGAAAUGCAAGAGUGUACUAAUCAGAUUCAGUACCUCAAGCAAGUCCAGCAGCCUAGUGUUGCCCAACUGAGAUCAACAAUGGUGGACCCAGCCAUCAACUUGUUUUUCCUAAAAAUGAAAGGUGAACUGGAACAGACUAAAGACAAACUGGAACAAGCCCAAAAUGAACUGAGUGCCUGGAAAUUUACGCCUGAUAGCCAAACAGGCAAAAAGUUAAUGGCGAAGUGUCGAAUGCUUAUCCAGGAGAAUCAAGAGCUUGGAAGGCAGCUGUCCCAAGGACGCAUUGCACAGCUUGAGGCAGAGCUGGCUUUACAGAAGAAAUAUAGUGAGGAACUAAAAAGCAGUCAGGAUGAAUUGAAUGACUUCAUCAUCCAGCUUGAUGAGGAGGUAGAGGGUAUGCAGAGUACCAUUCUAGUUCUCCAGCAGCAGUUGAAGGAGACUCGCCAGCAGUUGGCUCAGUUCCAGCAGCAGCAGUCCCAGGCCUCAGCCCCAGGUACCAGCAGGACUCCAUCUUCUGAGCCUACAGACCAGGGAGAGGCCAUGGGUAAAGACUGCAGCCGUCUGGCUAACGGACCGAGCAAUGGCAGCUCUUCCCAUCAGAGGACGUCUGGGCCUGGAUUUUAUAGGGAGGGUAGUGGCACAGAAGAUGACUUCCCAGCGUCUCCAGGGAAUGGUAAUAAGCUCUCCAACCACUCUGAAGAUAGAACAGUCAGAGGAGGUUGUAGCUACAUAAACCAACUAAGUACUGGGUAUGAAAGUGUAGACUCUCCCACUGGCAGUGAAAACUCACUCACUCACCACUCAAAUGACACAGACUCCAAUCAUGAUCCUCAAGAAGAGAAAACAGUGAGCAUGAAAGGUAACAGAACUGUGGGUUCUCGUCAUGUUCAGAAUGGUUUGGACUCCAAUGUAAAUGUCCAGGGUUCAGUUUUGUAACAUUUUUUUCUGCAACACUUUUAUACAGUGUCAUUUAAAUUGGGAGAGGAUACUGUCCAGAAACCGUUUAAAUUAGUGCAUACUUGUCACAGUUUUGCCUUUUUGUGGUUUUUUUGCUUCAAUACCUCUGCCACUUUGGAAAUUUUAACAGUUUAAUUACGUUGAAUGUUGCUAAAAGGACAUUUGUGUAGGCUCAAGUUAUUUUUAUAUGAGUUAAUGUGAAGUUGAAAAUGGAAAUUAUUUCCACAAAGUAUAACAUAAAUGAUGUCUGUACAAAUCUGUGUAUAUCUAGAACCUGUGCUGUGUAAGGGCAUUCUUACUUAUAUUGUUAUAUUUACACCACAUUCAAAAUUUGUCAUAUUAGCUGUGGGUUUAUGACUGCCAAGUUUGCCCAGUACAGUAGUUUUAUCACUAAAAGAUGGACUUGUUGAAGGAGUCCUGUAGUAGUUCCAGUGUUAAUUACAGUUUUUUCCACCAUACAUCUGUGCAUUUCUCCUUAGGUGACCGAAUGUUUAAGAAGUUUGUGCAUAGUUACUCAGUUUUUAAGAACUGUUGUAUCCUGUUUAUGCAUAUUGCUCUGUGACUCCAAUAUUAUCUUACCUGUACUGACCAAACCUAAAUAAAGACUUUUAAUAAUGUAA